UGCAAACAAAUCAGCUGUUGUGUUGUUGUCGUGGAUCUAUUGAAUAUUAUCAAGUUCUUAUUCAGCUUUUUACGACGACUGAAACAUUAAAAUUAUACUUCACAUAGCAUUAAUGAGUACCUUACAGUCAUGUCGAACCAAGAAAUCAUACAAGAAUAUUCAAACUCCAUAAAAAAUCUCAAGAAACAGUGUACUGACGCAGGGAUGAGCGAAGAGGAAUUUAAAAGAAUGUAUUUUAAGUCUCUUAAAUCACUAGAAAAUACUGGAAGCCCAGAGACUAACACUCCACGACGAGCUGCAACCAAAUUUAGAAUUGUAUUACUAGUAAUAGUUAUAGGAGUGUGUGUAGUAUACAAUUAUAAAUCUAUAUACAGCAGUAUUGUUUGUAACUUACAAGAAUAUAUUUAUCCUGGUUUGAAGCUACUAAGAAAAAUAUCGAUACCAUUCAUAUCAUUAUUCCCCUCCCUAACUGAUUAUUAUCAUGAAACAUGCUUGAUCCAAAACCCAUACUUCUCCGUAGUGGACAUGGACUGCUGGCCUUGUAGCACAGUCAGUAACAUCAGAGAGGUUAAUGAUCCAAAUCCUGUCAGUCAGCAACAAACUGCACCAUUUAUUUAUGAGACUGAACAGCCAGUAAUUAAUAUGAAUGCUCUAAAGACAAUGUACCUUAGGAAUAAAGACACAUUUGACAAAGAAUCUCCAAAAAUUGUAACAAAUAAUAAAUAUUAUAUUAGCGCCCAUGACUUGUUUAUUGAUGGACCAUUGAGAGACAAGAGUUUUUACAUUUGGAAAUUCAAUAACAUGAAUGUAGCCAAGGUAUUACGGCAGAUUGUUCCUAGACCAAAAGUAGUGCCAAAGUUUGGACAAAGCACUGAAAGGUUUAUAAUCAUUGACACAAGCCAGAAUACAUUUAGUAUACCUGACACAGAAUGCAGUUUCUCAUUUCUGUUAGCCCUAAGUGGAUCUAGAGAAAUACAUUUAGUACCAGCUGAAGAAUGUAAACACCAGUGCAAAUCAUUGAAAGUUGAUCUGAAAGAAUCUUACUUGCUUUGGUACAAUUGGUGGUACUGGAGACCUACAGUCCAGCACUCUAUGGGAAACAACACUUUCAUUGCACAUGUUGGGUCAUACUGCUGACAAUGGCUUCACAAUACAAAUAAAACACAAGAAUGGAAUGUACAAAACACCAAUUCAUUCAUUAAAUAAAUAAAUAAAAUUAACUAAAAAUCAA